AUGACGAAUAAUUGCACUAACCUUCACAAGGCAGCCAUGACACCAAAGUCGCGGCCCAACCGAGAGGUCCUCCCACAGUCGCGACCCAACCGAGAGGUCCUCUCCCACAGUCGCGACCCAACCGAGAGGUCCUCUCCCACAGUCGCGGCCCAACCGAGAGGUCCUCUCCCACAGUCGCGACCCAACCGAGAGGUCCCCUCCCACAGUCGCGACCCAACCGAGAGGUCCCCUCCCACAGUCGCGACCCAACCGAGAGGUCCCCUCCCACAGUCGCGACCCAACCGAGAGGUCCCCUCCCACAGUCGCGACCCAACCGAGAGGUCCCCUCCCACAGUCGCGACCCAGCCGAGAGGUCCCCUCCCACAGUCGCGGCCCAACCGAGAGGUCCUCUCCCACAGUCGCGACCCAACCGAGAGGUCCUCUCCCACAUUCGCGACCCAACCGAGAGGUCCCCUCCCACAGUCGCGACCCAACCGAGAGGUCCCCUCCCACAGUCGCGACCCAACCGAGAGGUCCCCUCCCACAGUCGCGACCCAGCCGAGAGGUCCCCUCCCACAGUCGCGGCCCAACCGAGAGGUCCUCCCACAGUCGCGACCCAACCGAGAGGUCCUACCACAGCCACGACCCAACCAAGAGGUCCUACCACAGCCACGACCCAACCAAGAGGUCCUACCACAGCCACGACCCAACCAAGACGUUCUACCACAGCCACGACCCAACCAAGAGGUCCUACCACAGCCGCGACCCAACCGAGAGGUCCUACCACAGCCACGACCCAACCAAGAGGUCCUACCACAGCCGCGACCCAACCGAGAGGUCCUACCACAGCCACGACCCAACCAAGAGGUCCUACCACAGCCACGACCCAACCAAGAGGUCCUACCACAGCCACGACCCAACCAAGAGGUCCUACCACAGCCACGACCCAACCAAGAGGUCAUCCCACAGCCUUAA